GCUGGUUGUUCUUCCAGCGUCGGAGUCCCGGGCCGGGACUGGGGAAACGCGCGUAGAGGCGCGGGAGGAGGCGCUGUCCGCGCGGUGCUGGCGGCUCUGAGGCUCGGCGACGCCGCCCGGGGCCUCGCGCCCGGCGCCUCGUCUCCCGUCGCUCCCGGCCCCGCUCCGCCCCCGAGGCCGAUGGCGGCGGCCGCGCGGAGGGAGCCGGCUCAGGACAGUGUGACCUUUCACGAUGUUGCUGUGUACUUCUCCUGGGGGGAAUGGAGGCUCCUGGAUGAGGCUCAGAGACGCCUGUACCUGGAUGUGAUGCUGGAGAACUUUGCGCUCGUAUCCUCUCUGGGUUGUUGCUGUGGAGCAGAGGAUCUGGAGGCUCCCUUUGAACAGAGUGUUUCUGUAGAAGUUCCACCUGCCAGGACUCCCACAGCAGCUCCAUCUUCCCAGAAGACUCACCCCUGUGAGAUGUGUGGUCUGGUCUUGAGAGACAUUUUCUACUUGACUGAGAAGCAGGGAACACAACACAACCUGAAACUGUUGAGGUGUGGGGCUUGUGCAAAACAAUUUUAUUUUAGUGCAAAGUUUCAACAGCACCAGCAGCGGCACAUGGGAGAGAAACCCUUCAGGAGCAGUGUAGACAUGGCCUCAUUUGUGAAGAGCUGCAAACUCCACGUGUCAGGGAAGCCCUUUCCCUGGGGGGAGGUUGAGAAGGACUUCCUGGCUAGCUUGGGACAUCAGCAGCAACAGACCACUCAUACCGGGGAAAAGCCAAAGAAAAUCACCCAAUGCAGGGCCACUUUACCAGGCAGAAACAGUCAUUACACCUGGAGAGAAUGCAAGACAGCCUUCAGCCCCAAAUGCACGCUUGUUCAGGACCAGGGUGUCCACACUGGAAGACAGCGUUUUGUCUGCCAUGAAUGUGGGAAAGCAUUCAGGUACAAAUCCUCGUUUGUUGUGCACCAGAGAGUCCACCCUGGAGGAACGUUUCAUGUGUGUGGAGAAUGUGGCAGAUCUUUUAUGCAAAGUUCAGCCCUCAGUCAACAUCAAAGAACUCAUACUGAGACAACGCCGUGCAAGUGCAGCAAAUGUGGGAAAUCCUUAAGUGACCAGUCUGUCCUCCUUCAUUCGCAGAAAGGGCACAGUGGAGAAAACAGCUAUGUGUGCAGUGAUUGUGCAAAAUCUGUUAGCCAUAGCUCUGUGUUCAUUCAACACAGGAGAGUUGAAGUUGGAGAGAGGCCUUAUAAAUGUAGCGACUGUGCGAAAUCUUUUACCUCCAGCUCUGCCCUCAGUUAUCAUCAGAGAUCUCACAUAGGCGAAAGGCCUUAUGAGUGCAAUGAUUGUGGAAAAUCUUUUAUCUCCAGGUCUGUUCUCCGUUAUCAUCAAAGAGUUCAUACUGGAGAAAGGCCGCACGAGUGUAAUGAAUGUGGGAAAUAUUUUAAAAAUAGGUGGACACUCAUUCAACACCAGAGAAUUCACACAGGAGAAAAGCCUUAUGUGUGCAGUGAAUGUGGAAAAUCUUUUACCUUUAGCUCCACCCUCCAGUAUCAUCAGAGAGUUCACACAGGAGAAAGGCCUUACGUGUGCAGUGAAUGUGGGAAAUCUUUUACCAUUAGCUCUGCCCUCCGUUCGCAUCAGAGAGUUCACACUGGAGAAAGGCCUUAUGUGUGCAGUGAAUGUGGGAAGUCUUUUGCCUUUAGUUCGGGCCUCCAUUAUCAUUGUAGAGUUCAUACUGGAGAAAGAAAUUUUGAGUGCAGUGAAUGUGGGAAAUCCUUUCAGGAAUUUAGUAACCACCAGAGAGCUCACACGGGAGAAAGGCCUUAUGAGUGCAAUGAAUGUGGGAAGUCCUUUAGCCAAAGAUCUUCCUUCUCAAUGCACCAGAAAAUUCAUAAUAGAGAAAGGUCUUAUGAGUGCAGUGAAUGUGGGAAAUCUUUUACGUCUUCCUCUGGGCUUGGUUAUCAUCAGAGAGUUCACUCAGGAGAAAGGCCUUAUAAGUGCAGUGAAUGUGGGAAAUCUUUUAUCUUUAGCUCCAAACUCCGUUACCACCAGAGAGUUCAUACAGGAGAAAGGCCUUAUGUAUGCAGUGAAUGUGGGAAAUCUUUUAUGAGUAGUGCCAACCUUUCUUAUCAUCUAAGAGUUCACACAGGAGAAAGGCCUUAUGAAUGCAGUGAGUGUGAGAAAUCUUUUACUUCUAGUUCAGCUCUCCGUUAUCAUCAGAGAGUUCACAGAGGAGAAAGGCCUUAUGAGUGCAGUGAAUGUGGGAAAUCUUUUACCUGUAGCUCCAACCUCCGUUAUCAUCAGAGAGUUCACACUGGAGAAAGACCUUAUGAGUGCACUGAAUGUGGGAAGUAUUUCAUGCAAAAAUUUACCCUCUCUCAACAUCGGAGAGUUCACCAUAGACAAAUGCCUUAGAUGGGCAGGGAAUGUGCAGUUUCUUUUUCAGUGGAAUGACACCAGUGGAAACUCGGUGAGGAGCCAUCUCUUCAAAUUUAUUUUCAUACAUCUAAACAGGCACAGUGGGGAGACUUCCCAUAAAUUUCGGUUAUGUGGGAAGCUUAUGUAAAUAUGUUGCCCUUUCUAACUUAUCCAAGGCUCUUUCUAGAUUUAUGUCACUCCUAGUUUCUGUGGCCACAGCAUUUCACUUGUACCUCCCGGCAGGUCCACACAGUGUGCGUCAGUCACCACCCCAGUGUGCUCAGGGGAGCUGACCUCUGUUCUCCCAUGUAUUAGAGCAAGUUAGGAGUCACCUGAGCCCUCAGGGGUCAGCUUUCCCUCUGCCUUGACUACCUUGCUCAUGGACCUGGGUCACUGUUGGCCCAAAGAAUACCAUGAGUUGGGCUGGCAACUUGCAGAGAAUGACUGACUUUUUCAGGACGUGUAGUUGCAUGUGAUACUUGGGAUGAAUUGUUUCAGCUUCCAAGUCACAAACUCCAGCUGCCUGCUGCACAUUGCUUUGUCUUGUACAAUAUUGAAGCCUUUUAGUUUAAAUUCUCUUUAAUCUUAGGUGUUCUAUUUACUCUGUGGGGUAGUUCGUAAACAAAUUCAGACUCUACAAGCAUGAAGGGGUGAACAAGUUUUAAGGGGUCUCAAACUUUGAGGAGAGACCGUAUGAUGGCAGAAAAUAACGUGCCACUUUUGAGUAAAUUUCCGUUGCUCCCACAGCCUCCUAGGGAAGACUGCAGGGCUUUCUGGUCCUCAUUUGAGGCCUGAAUGCUGUGAUUCAGGAGCCUCAGUGAUGACCCUGAUGAGAGGGUUGGUGUGAGAACCUCAAGUGCAUCUGAGGGCAACGUGAAUUUUUUUGCUUCCUCAUAGGAGGUCUCACAGGGGACGUCAGCACUGUGGAGGGGAUAUCUUCCCCAGAUCUACAAAGGGCCAUUUGGCCUGGUGUCCACAGUUCAUUGGGUGAGGGUCAUUGGUUGUAAGACCAUUGGGUCCAGGGGAACUGUAAUUGGUAGAGAAACACUGGCUUAGCAAGGAGUGGAGGAAACUGCAGCCAGCUAGAUGGAAUAUGCCUCUUCUGAAAGUGCAUCCAGAAGUGGUUCUGUGACAGUGACUGUGCAGCAUGAGUUUGUACACAAAUCUCAGGAUCUCUAGGCAAGUUUAUCUUGUGUAGCUGAAGUCACUGCCUGAGAAUGUAAUAAAAAUAAUUGAAAAGUUUUGUGGAUUUCUGUAGCCUCUCAGUGAUGUUCACUUGAAGGCCAUUACUGCAUAGGCAAGGAAAAGAGAAAAAGGGGAUCUGAGGUUGAGUGAUGUGGCUCUUGUGACCCAGGCAGUGUUCCUGUUGACUUGGGUGGCAGUAUCCUUAAUUGUUGCCCACAUUUGCUGCCACUGAAGGAAGACUGACCCCCAGAGGGUACAAGGAAAGAGUGGGUGGAGUCACUAUUGUGUUGCUAGUGCAGUUGAGUUAAUUUUGACUCCUAGAAACCCUGUGUAUAGCAAAGCAGAAUCCGGCCCAGUGUUUUUACCCAUCCUCUCACUUUUCUGCAGUAUAUCAAACAGGACUUCUCUGCUAUUCAUCAGGUUUUUGUGGCCAAUUUUUUUGGAAGUGGGUGACCAGGUCCUUCUUUCUAGUCUAUCUGGAAGCUCCGCUGAACCCUGUACCACCUUGGGUGACCCUGCUGGUAUGUGAAAUACUGGUGGCAUAGCUUUCUGCAUCACAGCAACAUACAGCCACCAAAGUAUGACAACUGACAGACUGGUGGGGUUCCCUGACGUGGUACGAACCCAGCCCAGCAGUGAGAGCUCUGACUCUUAACUGCUAGACCACCACGAUGUAGGGUUGUAAACUUACUUUCCAAAAAGUGUGGGACAUAGGGAUUUCUCUUGAGCCAAUUUUUAAGAUUAUUGUGUAACUUACAUGGACUGCUUAUAUUUAAAGUGUACAGUUUGCUAAGUUUUGACAUAGGUGUGAACCUCUGAAACCAUCAUCAUAGUCCUGAGGAUGACUUUUUUUGUCUCGGUAUAUUUACCUCACAUCCUAUCAUAAUCUCUGCUCGACCUUCCCACCUCUCCAGCUACCCAUUCACUUACUUUCCUUACAGUAGAUACCUUUGCAUUUCCUUGAAUUUAUGAUUAGAAUCAUAAACUGUUUAUUCUAUUGUUUUUUCUGAUUUCGUUUGUUUCAUAAUUAGAGAUUCACCAAUGAUCCUAUAUGAGUAGCUCAUCUUUUCUUUUGCUGAGUAAUAUUCUUAUAUUUUCGUAUACCCCUGUUUAUCCAUUCAGCGGGCUUUUUGGUUAUUUCUAGAUUUUGACUAAUGAAAAUAAAGGUGUUACAGACAUUUGUGUAAGUUUUUUAUGUUUUUUUUUUUUACCUUUUGUCAGUAACGUAGAGGACAGUGUCUGAGUCAGUGGUUAGAUGGAUGUUUAACUCUUGAAGAAACUGUCAGACCAUGAUCUAACAUGAUUUCUUCUUUUUGCUCUCCCUCCCACAGUGUGUGAAAGUUCCAUUUCCUCCAAGUCCCUGCCGAUUGAUACUUGAUGUGGUCCUUUAAUUUCAGCCAUUGUGUGGUGCUAUCUCAGUGUCUUAAUUGCAUUGCCCAAAGGAUUCAUGAUUUUGAGCAUUUUUCGUGUCUUUAUUUUCCAAUUGUUUAUUUUUUGUACAAUUUAUGUUCAUCCCAUUUGCCUAUUUUCUUUCAUAGGAGUUAUGGCUAUUUCCCUUUUGAUUUUCAAGUAAGACACUGAAACAACAAACACAAAUGAAGGAGUUUUACUCUGUUAAAUGUCGUGAGUGACAUUUUUCUGUAUGGAGUCAGCAUUUCUAAAUACUGGAAGAAGGUCUCCUCAUUGUUUUUCCUCAGACUUUGUGUCACACAUAAUGUCAUGGCCAGAAACACCCUACAUGGUUAAGUUUCAUCUGCAUUAUGACCUUAUUGUCCAUCACUUGAAUCCCGGCAUUCAGUAAUACAGUAAAUCUAGCCCUGGUUCGUAGUGUUUGCCAAUUUCCCAAGUGUAAGUGCUCCCACCGUGGAAGCAGGAUGUGCUCAGAGAAGGAGUGGAAGAUUCCACUCGGGUCUGUGGGCUUUGACGGGAAACCAGCCUUGGCGUGUGCGGGACACUCCCCCAGGCCGGGCAGCAGCUGCGGGAAGGCGGGAGGCUGCAGAGGCCUCACACGCAGGUCAGCGGGGAGGGUCCUCCCCGAACGUUGGGGGUCUCAGAGACCUGAGUGGCCUUGCCUUAGCAACGAGGGCUCAGAGCUGACACCUGCGGUUCCAGUGGCUCCUCCAACCCCACCUGGGACCUUGUGAGCGGGUCCCCUUGGACUGCUGUCCAUCUCGCCAUUGGCCUCCUUCCCUCCGUCCUCACUGCCUGGCGGUCUCCCAGCGGGGUCCCCUGCCAGGCGUUCCCCGCGCUGUGGGCCGCUUCUCCAGGCACCCCGACUCAGGGAGGACUCCUGCCUUCCCACUGGGGCAGCAGCUCCCACGCCCCCGGGACCCUGGACAGACCUUUCCUCUGUGGCGCCACUGCUUCGAGACCCAGGCCACGUGGGACCCGAGGUCGC